AAAAUAAAUGAGCAUUUCAAAAACAGCAAUGUUAAUGUAGGGAUGUCCUCCAUUUGACUUGCUUUCCACAAUACAGUUGAAUUGCCUUUCUUUCCAUCAACUCAUCCAAUUCCGUUUCCAUCAAACUUCCCCAGCUUAGUUUUUCUUCAUCAUACAUUGUCCUAGCUCAAUCUGCCGCUAGUAAUAUCUGACUGAUAAAAUUAGUGAGAUGGGUCAGUCUGCUUCUGCUGCUUCUUCUUUUAGUAGCUCUUAUGCACCUGGAAAGUUACCAGAAGCUUUGGAGGAGGUGGAGAAGCUAUUGAGUAAGCUAGAGAGUCAGAUUGAGAAAAGGAAGUUCUUCAGUCUCACGGUUCUUCUGGAUCAACCUGACAGCAGCAUGUUGAGCACUCUCAGGGAUAAAAUCAAAAAAUUCCGAGUGGAAUUUGGAUUCCUGAAAAUGUUUUCCAAUAUGGUUGACUUGUUGAGCUAUGGGAUUUGGUUUGAGUUGGCACAUCUCCCCAAGAUUGAAGCUGGAAUGGACGAGAUAGCCAGGAACUUUCUGAUUGCUAGCAAAAAGUUUGAUAAGGUUUCCAAGCUGAUCCUUGUAAUUACCAACUUGUUGGAAAAGAUGGAGCUCUUGAAGCCAUUAGUUGAAGAAUCCUGUGACUAUUUGGGGACGAAACACUUCCUGGAGGUGAAGCAAAAACAUCCUUCCUGGGAUAAUCAUUUUCAUUGGGAUAGUUUUCUCAGAUCUGUUCAAAAGAAUCUGCAGACACUAUUAGAGAAAGCUGCUGACUUGCAGCAGCUUGACCCUCUGCCUCUGAUUGCACAAAUAAAAGCUUUCCAGGAGAGGCUAAGUUAUCUGGCCAAUUUCUUUGACCGCGUGUCGAUUGCUUGGACUCGCAACGCUUAUCUGAAGUCUCUGAGGAUUCAUGUUGGAGCUCCAACCAUUCGAGCAGCAAAUUUGUCUUGUUUGUGCUGGCUCAGGGGGAGCAAAAUGGAUCAACAUAUGGCAGAAGAAAUGGCCACUGCCUUUUCAAAUCUGCAACAGAAGCUGGAUCCUGUUUCCUCUUCAUUCCUUGACACGAUGCUCCGUUUCCUGGGCACUAUCAGGCGUCAUGGUGAUAUUAAUUACCCAGUAGACAUGUUUAUUAAUCAGCUUCUCGGUAUAGAUAGGGAAUAUCCCUUCUUUUCUGAGUUCAGUGACCUGAUAAAAUCUUUCAUUGAAGCACGAGAUGGGCACAAUAAGCAUGUAGAACCGAUCUUGCCAGAUAUGGCAGUGGUGUUUAGGCAGGCAGGAUCUCUCGAGGUCCUGGACUCAUUGAGCAUAGAAGGAGGUGGAACCGCUGAUCUGGUGCAUUUCAAAUUGGUUGCAUUACUUCGUCUUCUCAGAGCAGAGAUUGUUAUCAUUGAACUCCUAAGCCAUGAGGACUUCACCAUGGAAAGGACUUCUCAAUUACUUUUCCAGGAUGCGCCCAUACUCGACAAAAUCAUGAGAGGGCAAGUUGGGUUUCUUUCUUUGAACUCCAAAUCCCUAUAUCACAAAUCUGCUGAUCCACCAGAAGAUAAGAUGGAAUUCUGGAAACAAGUCUAUAUGCUAUCAGGCGAAGUAGCUAAACGCCUGCGAUUGCUACCAUUCUCCUUCAAAGAAGGAAAACUCCCAAGGUAUGGAGUGAGGAGUAAGCUUCUAAAGUGGCUUACUAGCAUUUUGGUUUUCAAGGCAAAGGCAUAUUUAAUGGAUCUACUCAACUGUAACAAUAGCAGUUUGGUUCUCCUAGUGAAGGAUGAUGUUGGAACACUUGAAUCCCUUGUCGCGUCAAUCCUACAUAUGCCCAAGAAAUUCAUCUUUGUGGACCUUGAGAAAGUCACGGAGGAUGAAAUACUCGUCUUGAUGCUUACUGAAUCAGUGGCUAGGCAGGUACUAUCUUUCUGUCAUUCAUUUCAUGCCACUCAAUUCACAGAAGGUGUGAUGGAGUUGCGAGAUCAGCUUUCUGGUUUGAUAGAGAUAACCAAGCAAUUAAUUAGUGAGAUCGAUGUCCAACUUCCACUUAUUAAGUUCCCAAAGACUAAUGGACUCGGCUUUCUUGAUUUUCUAUUGAUAAGGUUAAGGGAAUUUCUGAAGUAUGAAUCAGGUUCAAUUUUUGUUGAGCAACAAAAAAGGGGUUUUAUGAAGCAUAAGUCUGGUUCGAUUGGCUUUGUUAAGGAACACAUUACGGUGAUCCUAUCAAAUUUUGGAUUCUUGAGAUCUUUCCUUGGGCAGCAGGACUUCGAGCAACAAGAAUUGAGAGAAGUUGGCAUACUUGUAGCAGAUGCGGCUUAUAGAGUGGAACUUAUCAUUGACUCAAUUGUGUUGGGAAUUGGAUCUCAUUGGAAAAACUUGUCCUGGCUUUAUCAUGUCUCAGAAAAUAUUGGACAUAUUAAAAAGCAGCUCACAGAAUUUGAAGAGGAGGCCUGUAAUGUUGGAGCUGGGAAUUGUUCACAGACCAUGGGGUGUGAGAUUUCACAGACUAGCGCCUUUGAAAUCGCUGAAAAUGUAGCAGUACAGCAACAAGUGACAGUUGAUCGACCUACAGCAGGAUCUUCGCAGGGAGACAUGAGGUGUGAGGUUUCACAGACUAGUAUCUCAGAAAUUACUGAAGAUGUGGCAGUACUAAAUGAUCAGCAACAAUUGAUAGUUGGUGGACUUAUGGGAAAAUCAUUACAGAGAGCUGUAGGGUGUGAGAUUUCAGAGACUAGUACCUUUGAGAUUAGUGAAGAUGUGGAGGUACUAAACAAUCAACAAGAAGUGAUAGUUGAUCGACAUACAGGAGGAUCAUCGCACAAAGUGAUGGGGCAGGAGAUUUCACAAUACAGUACUUUUGAAGUUACUAAAGAUGAGGCAGUACUAAAUGAUCAGCAACAGGUUAUGGUCGAUCGACUGACAAGAGGAUCAUCACAAAGAAACACGGGGUUUCAUAAUUCAUGGACUAGUAAAUUUGACACUAAUGAAGAUGUGGUGGUACUAGAUGAUCAGCAACAAGUGAUAGUUGAUCGACUUACAAGAGGAUCAUCACAGAGAGAUAUAGUCUCCAUUGUUGGAAUGCCAGGAAUUGGCAAAACAACUCUUGCCAAUAGAGUGUUCCACAGUCCUGAUGUAGUUUAUUACUUCCAUGUUCGUGCAUGGUGCUGUGUUUCACAAGUGUACACAAAAAGAGACUUGCUGCUUGGAAUUUUACAGCACACCAUUGAGCUCACAGAUAGCAUUCUGAUGAUGACCAAUGAAGAUUUGGAAUUCAUGUUGUAUAAAAACUUGAAAGGACGCCGUUAUCUAAUCUUUAUGGAUGACGUGUGGAAUAUUGAAGCAUGGGAUGACUUGAAGAGCUCAUUUCCAGAUGAUGUAAAUGGAAGUAGGAUUCUGAUGACAAGUCGUUUACUUGAUGUUGUUUCAAAAGUCACUCUGGAAAAUGAUCUUCUUCAUCUUCGUCCACUCUCUGAGGAGGAAAGUUGGGAGUUACUAAAAAUGAAGGUAUUUUCUAAAGAAGGCUGUCCCGAGGAGCUACUGGAAGUUGGAAAAGAAAUUGCUAGAAAUUGUAAAGGACUACCGCUUUCUAUUGUUGCAAUAGCUGGUCUCCUACAAGGGGAACACAUGAAACCAGACUCGUGGAAACAAAUUGCAGAAAGUUUGAACUCAAUCAUAGUUAUUGAUCCACAAACAAGGUGCAUGGACAUCUUAGAACUGAGUUACAAGCAUCUUCCAGAUUAUCUGAAAGCAUGUUUUCUUUACUUGGGAGCAUUUCAGGGGGACAAGGAGAUUCCUGUCAGGAGAUUGAUAUGGCUGUGGAUGGCUGAAGGUUUUAUACUGAAAAGGGAUUCAAGGAGCUUAGAGGAUCUUGGCGAGGUUUACUUGAGAGAUCUGAUCGGUAGAAGCUUAAUAACAGUUGCCAAAAGAAGAUCAAAUGGUAGUGUCAAAACAUGUGGAGUUCAUGAUAUGGUUCGCAAUUUGUGCUUGUUGAAAGCUAAAGAAGAAAACUUUUUGAAGUUGGUAACUAAUAGUGAUGAGCCUUAUGCUUCUUUUGAUGAUAAUGUUGACUUCGAUGAUUUUGAUCCUUCAAAUUCCGUGAUAUACGAGGAACAUCGACUAUGCAUGUCUAUGAGUCGACAACACUUUGUUGUGUCAAGGCCUUCUGGCCCAUAUGUUCGUUCUCUGUUGUUUUUUGCCACCAAUGAUGCUUAUCCCAGAUGCCCUUAUAAUGUCUCAUUCAUUUCUGAGAACUUUGAACUUCUUAAGGUGUUGGACUUGGAGUCAAUCAACAUGGGUAGUUCCUUCACAGAUGGAAUAGAUUUACUUGUUCAGUUGAGUUAUUUAGCUGUUGGUGGUGAUAUUGACUCUAUUCCAUCAUCAUUAGCCAAUUUACGGAAUUUAGAAACUCUUCUUGUCAAGGGACUGAAAGGAAAGGUCGUACUACCAGAUAGCAUUUGGCACAUGACUAGGUUGAGGCAUGUUCAUGUAACUAAUCAUGCUGCCUUUACCUUGAAAAACAUGACUGGAAGUUACUAUCAAUUAAGUAACUUGGUCUCCCUUUCCAUGCCAACUCUUUCUUACGGGGAACAUGCAGAGAUUAUAACAAGGAGAUUGCCCAACCUUCGAGAUCUGAGUUGCAUUUUCUCAAAAUCAAGGGGCUUCUCCACAGAUUGCUAUCAGUUUCCAAGAUUGGAAGACCUGACGCGGUUGGAGUCACUCAAGGUAGUAUACCGAGGAAAGACUACUAAUACAGGUGAAUUUAACUUCCCCUCAAGUCUUAAGAAGUUGAGCCUAUCAAAUUUUUUCUUCCGGCAAGAUCAUAUUUCAGCAAUUGGUAGACUAGCAAAUCUUGAGGUUCUCAAGUUACUUUCUUCAAGUUUUGAGGACGCAAUAUGGGAGAUGGGAGAAGGGGAGUUCCCUGAACUGAAAUUCUUGAAACUAGACAGCCUAAACAUUGUCGAAUGGAAUGCCUCCUCUGAUCACCUGCCUAACCUUCAGCAUCUAGUCUUGCGAAAAUGUGAGAAUCUCAAGGAAGUUCCAAUUGAUUUCAUGAAUAUCCCAACAUUGCAGCUAAUCGAAGUGCAACUCUGUGGAGAAUCAGUUGAAGAGUCACUUAGAAGACUUAAGGAGGAGCAACUUGAAUAUGGAAUCGAGGAUUUGAAGGUCCUUAUCAAUCAUUAGAUGGGGAUUUCAGAUCUUCAUUUUCUUUACAUGGAUCAUUGGCGUGCUUUACAUCCUAUUGACAAUGACUAGUGACCAAAGGGUGAAAAUCGGAGUUGUUCUAGCUACAGUGGUUUCAUUGCUUUUCGGAUGGCAGCUUUUGAUAGUUAAAAACACCGGCUAAAGACAGAAAUUUAGGCAAUCAUUCAUAUAGAAGCAUAAAGCUGGGGAUAUGAAUGGGUGGUUGAGGUCAUGGCUAUUGCAUUUUAUUGCUGCAUGGAUAGGAAACAGGGAUGCCAUGACGCUUUCUCUGAAUAGUUUCCAUUUCAAAAGCAUCACUGUCCUUGGAAGAACACGGCGUCAUGAUUUUCUUCGAGCUCAAGUAUCUCUCUUUUCAUGAAGAUGCUUGAGAUUAAUACUUUUGACUAGAUGUUUGCUGCAGUUCAAGUGAAGAUAAAAUGCAAAGUCUCAAAAGCUCUCAAGAUAAGAAUGGGCAAACUCACAUUGGGAAGGUCUUGGUGACGAUAAUCAUCUUGCUCUUCUUUCCCUAGCAGGAAUCAGCAAGGAUGGUGUGAGGAUGAAUGAGUGAAUGCUUGGACCAAAUGGAAUGAGAAAGGCAGAAGAAAAGUCAUAGAAGCUCGAGAACUAUCCAUUCUAAUGAGAACAGUGGGAAGAAGAAUUUCCAGAAGAAGAGAAGUAGGGAUGGCUGAAUAACCAACAGCAUGAAACUCUAAAUGUGCUUUCUUGCACACAUUAUGUUUCUGCAAUUUUUCAAACCUUGGGGGAGAGGAGGGUUGGGGGAACUGUCUGCACCUGCGAUGUACCUCGGGAGGUUGUUGAAAUCGUCCCGAUGUUUACCAUGAUGAACAAAAGCAUAUGCAAUUUGCAGCAAGGCUUUCAAAUCUCUCUUUAGACAUCUCUGAACAUGAAAGCUCACAUGCCAGUUUCAGCGAAAACAAGAAGAACAACCCUUGUAACACGUCAACGAAAGAACGGAGAGGAGGAAGACCGGAAAGAUUAGAGACCCCAACAUCAGCAUUGGCUUCCUCCCUUUCGAGUUGGAUACUCCAUUUAACCGGAUGCAGACAUCCUCGACAAGUCUACUUCGAGGAAUAUCGACAAGUCUUCAUUAACCAAAGGUGGACUCAGAAAGCACUUCAAUUCAGCAAAGUGGAGUGAUGCAUUCAAGUAAUUAAAGAACAGACUACUCUAUGAAAUUCUCGUCACCUGGCUUCUGUCUUUCUGAAGCUGUUCCAUUAUGACAAGCACUGGCUCUAUUCCUA